AUGCGCCAUCUAAAAACUAAACAUGUAACUGUGCCACUUAAAAGACCACUGCUAGUAAAUGAUGACAACUUUGAUGACCCAUCGGACCCCGACGUGCCAGCGUCUACAAGUGCCUUUGUAAGUACAGGUUCGUCGAGAGUAGUUUCUGAAGCAGCAGGGCCAUCAGCAUCAAAUCUACCUAAACAAAGUGCCAUCACACAGUAUAUAAGUAAACCAAUUUCUCUCACAAAAUCAAAAGCUAUAGACUUACAGAUCACUAAAUUUAUCGUCAAACAUUUUCAUCCUUUUUCAUUGGUAGAAGAAACAGAAUUCCGUAAUCUGAUUAAGAUGCUUGCACCAAAUUACGUUGUACCUUCUAGAAAAACAAUAUCAAACAGUUUACUAAUACAAAUGUACGAAAGUGUUCUUGAUAAUGUUAAAACUGACCUACAUGAUGUGACUGCCUUAUCUUUGACCACAGAUGGUUGGACAUCCAUCAACAACCAACAUUAUAUAGCCUUAACCGUCCAUUUUUUAAAUUCCGAGACUAAAUUGUGUUCUAUACUAUUUGGUUGUAUCAACUAUAAUGAGCAGUGUACGUCAGUUGAACUUGCCAAGUUUUUGAUGGCUACUGUUAAAGCAUGGAACAUUGAACAUAAAAUAUCAGCAGUUGUCACAGAUAAUACUGCAAAUAUAGUUGGUGCUGUAAAGAAAAAUAAUUGGAGACAUGUCCCAUGCUUUGUUCAUGUCCUUAAUAUCGGCAUUCAGAUGGUCUGA